AAAGCAAACCACUGGUCAGUGUGCAGGCAUCCUCUGUAGCUAACAGUGUUGUGUUGAACACAUUAAGUGGAGCAAAGUACUUAUUUUGUUUCACCUAGAUUUACCGAACAAACUCAAACUCAAAUACUGUCAAAAUAGUAUUAGUAAGAUGUUUAUAGAGGAGCGGAUUCUAACACUUUUUAAAAAUAAUGCCCAUCACACCUUGACCUACUGGAGUGUGUUCUUUAGUUUCGGACUAUGCAUUGCCUUCCUGGGACCCACCAUAUUGGACCUGCAGUGUCAGACCAGCUCCACGCUCAGUCAGAUCACCUGGGUGUUCUUUGCCCAGCAAUUCUGCCUGCUGAUCGGAAGCUCCAUCGCGGGUGUGUUCAAGAAAACGUUGUUCAGUGCCUUGUCAACCCUGUUUGUCUCUGCCGUGGUCAUCUCGGUGGUAUUUGCCAUCAUCCCCCUGUGCAAUAAUGUCCUGCUGCUGGCUGUCGCCAUGGCCGUGUCUGGCCUGGCAAUGGGCCUCAUCGACACCAUCGCCAACAUCCAGCUGGUCACCAUCUACCAGAAGGACUCGGCCAUGUUCCUGCAGGCGCUUCACUUCUUCAUCGGUUUCGGGGCCCUGGUGAGCCCCCUGAUAGCGGACCCCUUCCUCUCGGAGAGCGGCUGUGGAAACCACACGGGCAACGCCACCCAGGCGAUGAUUCACCACCACAGGAACAUGCUGAGGAACAGCCCCAUGGCCUCGCACAGCUUCAACGAGAGCAUCGGGGCCCCCGAAGGGCCCCACGGGGAGGAGUCCAUCGUGCACUACGCCUUCUGGAUCAUGUCCAUAAUUAAUCUGCCCGUUCCCCUGGCCGUUCUGUUCCUGAUGUACCGAGAGAGGCUGUUCCCCUGCAGCCCCAGCAGCCCUAGCCUGAUGGACAAAGAUGAACUGGCAUUGGAGCACCAGCAGGGGGACACAGAGACACCGGAGGCUGGAGGUCACGGCAGUAUCUUUAGCUGCUGUCAGAAUGAUAACCUACGUGGGCUGCCCGUGUCCUUCUUCAUGAUUCAUAUCAUGGGGGGGCUGGUGCUCUUCAUGACCGAUGGCAUUGUGGGGGCCUACGCUGGAUUUGUGUACACGUACGCCGUGGAGGAACCCAUGUCGCUGCCCCACAAGACGGCUGGCUACCUGGCCAGCAUAUUCUGGGCCGCCAUCACCGUGGGCCGCCUGGUGUCCAUCCCACUCAACUACCGCUUCAAGCCUGUGAAGCUGCUCCUGGUUAACCUGGUGGGCGUCAUCGUGACCGUCCUGAUGCUGUUAAUCUUCUACACCAACAAAAUCUUCCUGUUCGUUGGGACCGGUUUUUGUGGUCUCUUCCUCAGCAGUAUAUUCCCUUGCAUGCUGGCCUUUACUGAAGACGUUCUGGACUACCAAGGAUGUGCAACAACUGUCCUGGUCACGAGCGCUGGGAUGGGAGAGAUGGUGAUGACGCUGUUGGUUGGCACGAUUAUAGAGUCCCAGGGCAGCUACAGCUUCCUGGUGAUUGGGUUGGUCGUGGCCUGCCUGGGCUUCAUGGCCUUCAUGGGCCUCAUGUUCUUCAAUCGGAUGCACAGAAACUACCUCACAGGAACGGCGAAGAAGAGCACCAUGGUGGAGGUGACGGUGGCGAGGCAGAACGGAGCCGUCGGCGCAGAGCAGACGGGGGCAGAGGGCAGCUGAGGGCCACUGGGCUGUUCUGGCUGGUCAUUUUGGGCCGGAAGGGAAAAUUACAUAUUUGUUCUCAGGAUGUCAAAGCACUCCCUGCUCUUUAAUGAUCCUGUUGCAGCAUUGACAUUAUGUGAAGUAUAAUGUUUUAGUUUGUAAGUGCAUGUCUCUCGCUAUUGUUUGGUUUGAAUGAAUGAUCGUUAAGAUGUUUGUAAAGAAUUACUCACAAGAUUGCAAACACUAUUGCAUUUUAUUUUCUUAAUGUGAGACAUUUGUGUACAAAGAUGUGUUUGCCACAUUUUAUUAUGAUCCAGUUUUGUUAGGAUUAUGUACGACUAAGCGUGUACUGAGUCUUAGCCUAGAAAGUACAUGUUUUUUGUCUAGAAUUGAAAUGCCUAGGCUACAGCAUUACAGAGUGUGUGCUACUGUGAAUACGUUUAAAACUUUAACUGUAUGCAUAACAAACCAACCAAAACUAAGAAUCCUCAGGGCUGUUUUGGUUCAUCCAGAGAGAGCAACGCUUUGGGAAAUAUAUGCAGUUUUUCUCUACUGACCCACCAAAACCCUCUCGAAUCUGGUUUGUUUUAUGUAAAAAGAUGUCAAGCACCAAGAUAACACUGUUUAUGUUUCACAGUCAAGUUUUCCAAUUAAAAUGUUGUUGCUCAUGAACUCCAUUAA